AUAAAAACUACGCCGUUUGACAUACAUCGACGUAACACUCGUGCUAUAAAUCGUCGGUGCUACCCACAGACAGUUCUUUGGUGAUACGGAAUAACCUAGUUGCGGUAGACGCCAUAAUUUUUUCUAUACUGAGUAUAAACCGACGUUUUUCAUUUUCUUGCCGGGUGGUUAAACAUGGUGGCUAGCUGGCUAAUUGUAGUCAUUUCCGAAAACUAGCUCUGCUCCACAAUGCACGUCAUCUCUGCCCCUCAAUAUGUCGGUUACUGGGCACCGCUACCACUCCUGCUCCCUGCAUAGAGGGAUGGGGAUAACAGAUUAGAGAUGGUUUGUGUGAAUCGCCGAUGUGGUAGGAAAGCAAAGAACAGCGAUACAUGAAGCAAUACCAGGGGAUUUCAGCAGUGGACGACAAGAAGGAACACGCGGAAAGAGACUGGAACAUGACCCAGGUGAGAAGGGCUCUGCUGGAGGCGAGCUGCCCACUGGGAGAAAUGCUUUGACCCUGUCCAGACCAGCUUGGACCAGGACACAGAGUAUAUCUGAUCCUGAGAUAAUCGGGCCUCUCCAGCUCUGGAGAAUCCACGCUCUGUCUUGCACUGAUAUCUUGAGAUGUGUUUUGUCAGACUGCUGAACUGACUUCCCCUAAUCUUUUCUCAUCCAAUUCCCCCUCUUCCUCUCCCGUCUCCCUCUCCAACUUCCCACGGUUCAUUUCUUGUCAUUUGAACUCCCACCUCCUUUCCCAGUUCCCCCUUAACGUGGUAUUUUCUCAGUUAGGAAAGCCACAACUUAGCUCCUCCUGUCUCCUCCCUUCUCCACAUCUUGUCCUCCCUCUUUCGAUUCUCCUUCUCCUGCUCUGUUACUUAUUUGGUCCCGUCUGUGCUGUUAUUAGUCUGAUACUAUCACUACUUCCCACGUGUAUAUGUUUAUAUUCCUCGUUGAGCCAGCCCUUUGUGCCCCACCCGCCCUCACGCCUUAGCUCGCCCUCUGCACCAUGUUCUGUUUCGGCCGGCCUCUCGACUCCCCCUGCACCCUAGCCCUUCUGGUCGGUUUCCAGUUUGCCUUCGUAGUUUACUUUUCUCUUGGAGGAUUCCGGGGCCUGGUCUCGGUCCUGGUUCACUCUGCUGAUUCCGAGUUUGACUAUGCGCACCCCCACGAUGUCUACACCAACCUCAGCCAUCUGGGGGCACUGCUGCCCGCCCACACUGGUGCCCCCGGGAAGGGAGAGCAACUGAAGGACUGCCACUUACCGUCUCCUCUUCUAGUCGGCCCGGUGUCUGUGCGCCUGUCCUCUCCCCUCUCCUUGGAAGAGAUUCAGGAAAAGAACCCCCUGGUGACCCUAGGGGGCCGGUACCGCCCCCCUGACUGUGAGCCCCGCCACCAUACCGCCAUUGUGGUGCCUUACCGCAAUAGGCAGGCACAUCUGCGCUCUCUGCUCUACCACCUCCACCCCUUCCUGCAGAGGCAACAGCUGCAUUACAGCAUCUACAUCGUACACCAGAUGGGAAACUCAACCUUUAACCGCGCCAAGCUGCUAAACGUGGGAGUACGGGAGGCUCUGCGAGAGGAGGACUGGAGCUGCCUGUUUCUCCAUGAUGUGGACCUUCUCCCGGAGAAUGACCACAACAGCUACACCUGCCACCCCAAGUACCCCACGCACCUGUCUGUGGCCAUGGACAAGUUCCAUUACAGGUUGCCAUACUCCCAGUAUUUCGGAGGGGUGUCUGCAGUGACCCCUGAUCAGUACCUCAGGAUGAACGGCUUCCCCAACCAAUACUGGGGCUGGGGCGGGGAGGACGAUGACAUCGCCACCAGGGUGCGUCUGUCCGGGAUGAAGAUGGUCCGGCCCUCUGUGUCAGUGGGCCACUACAAAAUGAUCAAACACAAAGGUGAUAAGGGUAACGAGCAGAACCCACGCAGGUUUGACCUGCUGAAGCGGACCAGAAUAAACUGGCGCUCCGAUGGUCUCAACUCCCUCACCUAUGAACUGCUAUCCAAGCAGCUAGAACCUCUGUACACCAACCUGUCUGUCAACAUUGGGGAGGACCCUCACCAUCCCCUCAAGAAGGGUCCACCUCCAAGAAAAAUAACUCCGCCUCCAACCAAACUAACAGAAAAGGCUGUGCCCACAGACAGCGCUCAAAAAACACAUCGUGCCCAUGGGGAAUGGGCCAAUAAGACCACUGGGGAGAGGGGGGUGGUAAAAUAGAGGCUGCCUGGGACUGAGAAAAAAGAUGCUGUUAUGCUGUGAACUCCACCUCCGUCUCCUGACUAUAACUUGCAGUUAUCCUGUGUGUUUAACUCAUGAAGACAUGGCAAAGAGUACUGAACAAAAAAAGGUUUUUUUUAUUUAUUAAUUAAUUUUAUUUUUUUGUCCAGCCUCUUUUUCACCUAUUUGUACACAGGAAUGGAAGGAUGUUGAAAUUAACUACACCAAGUGGUAAUUGCAACACCAACUACACCAAUUCUCCCAGGGAAAUUGCUGGAAAUGAACAAGUCAACAUUAGAACAGUUCAAAUGGGUGGUGUGGUGCUGGAAUGCGAGGUAAAAAGUACUGUCUACUUUUUUUUGUCUUGUCUGUGGUUAUUGGAUUUGACCUUUACCCUGAAGAGGAAGACUCAUUGUUAUCCAGAGGUACCAUAUGGAAACAGACACUCUUUUACCGGUGCAAGUCUUCUGUUUUCCUCCAACAAAGCUGCUGCCAAAAUUUGCUGUUUACCCCCAAAAUGUGGGUUUGUGUUUCUGUGCCUUUUUUCUCGUAGAUGUACAAUUUAUAUUUGUGUGCAUCGGUUUGUUAGCUCUUUAUAAAUAAUUUCUCAGAUAUGUAUUGAUAUUGAUAUAUUUUUUUGCUGUUUUCUUGCAAAAUAUUCCCGAAGCAUACAAUGUGUGGUGUUUCAGUGGACUGUGAUUUUAUUUUAGUUAGAGACAAUCAGAAUAUUCAAAGAAGUAGAUGAUUAAGCAAUCAAUGAAAGUGAUUUGAAUUUAGAACUUAGAAACAACCUUGUACAAAUCAAGUUUUAGAAUACAUGGUUAUUGCAAUGCUGGAAUGCUGUCAUUUCAUAUACAGUAGGUCUUCUGAUUAGCUGUGUAGAUAACUGAAGAAAUGUAGUAGUUGUUUUUAAUAUAAUAAUCUGGGGGGAUUUUUAUUAUGACAUACGAUACAUGCCCAGUUCUCUUGAGUUAUUCUCACCAGUACACUGAUCCUUUGCUUUUGAACAGAUUCCAUUACAAAAAAGCCACCUUAUUGAAGUUCCAUCAUCAGAACAAAUUAUGGAGGGAGCCACAUUCUGCAUUGUUGAGGGACAUAUUGAGACGAUGCUAUACUGUGAUGUUAAACAGUGAAAUCUGUGAAAAAUCUAAUAACUGGACAAGUUUAUACAUUGAACAUACUUGACAGUUUUAGUCAUUAUUUGUUUGAAGUACUGUACUUGCAUAUCCAUUUUGCAUAUCCAUUUUGGAAAUAUUUGUGUUUUUGCUUUGAGUUGCACAAGACUUCACUAUACCGGUAUAAUGUUUAUGUUAAAAUUAUGGUUGUAUGGGUUUGUUUUUGUAAAGAGAAAUCGUCAUGCUCAAUCUUUAUGUGCCUCUCAUGUGACAGGAUUGUUGUAGAGUGAUGUGAACUCUAAAAUGGGUUGAGCUAUAAUAAUAAUAAUAAUAAUACAUUUUAUUUAAAGCGCCUUUCGCGUCACCCAAGGACACGGUACAGUAGUGGCAAGUGGCAGUCAUAAAACAACAUAUAGGGACAGACACUGUACACUUAUUAAAAGACACAAAAAUGUAGACAAUAAAAUGAAGUAUAUAAAACAACAAACAACAAUAGGAUGGGACAUGGCGAGAGUGAGAUGGAGGGGUCAGUUAGGAGUAGGGAGGAAAAGCAAGAGUGAAAAGGUGAGUUUUGAGCUUGGAUUUGAAGGUGGACAGUGAGGUGAUUUUCCGUAGUGCAAGUGGGAGGGAGUUCCAGAGUUUGGGGCCAGCUACACUAAACGCCCUGUCACCCAUAGAACAGAGAUGUGCAGUGGGGGUGAGCAGGAGGUGGGUAUUUGUGGAGCGUAGGGUGCGGGUUGGUUGGUAUGGGGUCAGGAGGUUUGAAAGAUAAGAGGGUGCAAGAUUAUGUUGGGCUUUGAAAACAAGUAGAAUGAUUUUGAAUUGAAUACAGUAUUGCACAGGGAGCCAGUGUAGUUGAUGGAGGAUGGGAGUGAUGUGUUGCCAGGGCCUAGUGCGGGUGAGAACUCUUGCAGCGGAAUUUUGAAUGUAUUGGAGUCUGUUUAAUCUCUUUGCUGAGAUACCAAAGAGAAGGGCGUUACAGUAAUCAAGUCUGGAGGUUAUGAAUGCAUGGAUGAGAGUCUCAGCAGCGGUGGGGUUAAGUGAGGGGCGGAGUUUGGAAAUGUUUUUGAGGUGGAAGAAAGCUGUUUUGGUGAUGUUUUUUAUGUGAGUGUCAAAUGAGAGGGUAGACUCAAUAAUGACACCAAGGUUUUUAACUUCAGAGGUAGUGGUAGUGAAAUAACCGGGGAUGGAUAAAUGUGAUAGUUUGAGUUUUUUUCAAUACAAUUGAUAUCAUGUGGUACCAAUUAAAUAUUGCUUUGGAAGUUUUUAAGGACAGAAAACUUGUUAUGAUUGAGUUUGAGUUUGUGGCCCACAACACAUGGAAGUUCCUCCCAUUUUGGGAUGAAUUAAACCACUCUGCCAUCAUCAGUGUUCCGUUCAAAAUAAAAUGAGAAUUGCCCAGUUUAGGUUUUAAACUUCAUCAUUAAAGAUGGGUUAUGCUCUACUACACUUGUUGGAAAUAUAUAUCUAGAAAUCUACUGAGUAUGCUAAGAGUAGUGAAACAAUGUUUAUUUUUUGAUUCUGUGUUUGAUUGUAGAUCUCAUGACUUUUGUUUGAGAUAGGGUGUAAAUUCUAUAGAAUAACAAAUUAAGCUAAGAAAAUAAUGCUGACCAUGUGGAUUGUUUUAAUAAUGCCAAGACGGAAAUUUGGCCUUAACUUCUGAAUGACCGUUUCAAUCAUCAACAACCCUCUUGAUGAGUCCUCACAUGUAAUAAUGCUGCAUAUGUGAUUUAUGUCAGGCCAAAUUAAAAAUUAUUUUAAAUGAUGAAGCUUUUUGCUGUGCUGUUUCAUGUAAAGUCUCAUUCUGCCAAUUCUUCGGCAAGUUGAAGGAACAGGUUAGUGACAUUACAAAUCAGGUGUAUAAAGAUCGAGUCCAUGGUAGAUAACCUAUUGCUGUGUAACUUUCUUGGGGAACAAAUUUUCAAAUGUAAAGAAAAUGUAUCCUUAUCAGAUUUGUUCAGGACAGUGUCAUCAGUGUUGGAUUAGCGCCCCUUUCUGCACUUUGACUUCACAUUUGGUGAAUCAACAUUUUUGGUCAGGGCUUGUGUGUGAUCCAUCAAAUAAAUGUCUGGUCCCUAGGAUGCCUUAACUUUAAAGAGCUGAAUAUUUACACUUUAGCUGCAUCCCUGUUAAGUUGAAAGUAUUCUGUAUUAUAAAUUAAACAACUGAAGAUACCUCCAACCCUGUUAAGUGGAGUAUAUGCUGUAUUACAAAUUAAACUGAAGAACAAGAUAGAAUAAUAUAUAAUUUUGUUACUUUAAAGUGUGAUUCGGGAGAGACCAGACCUCUUCCUAAAUGCUAUGUAUUAAAAAUGAAAUAAUGGAGACAUGGAAAAUAACCAAUUCAGUUAGAAGGACAAGAAAAUCCCAUUAUUUCAGUUGACUAUAAUAUUUCACCCAGUUCAAUUUGUGAGGUCACUUUCUAUUUAAUGCUCUUAAUGCGCUAGUCUAUUUAUAAGCCAAUAUUUAUAUAUCAACCAAAAGUCUUAAGGAAAAGGCAAAAUAUAACACCCAUUAGAACUGUUAAGUAUUCAGUUUAGAUAUAUUUAGAUAUAUCUAAUAUGUUUCUAUAUUUAGAAAAUCAGGUCAUUUUCCUCUUAAGUUAAUUUUGUGGCCAGAUGAAAUGUAAUUUAGCCAAUGUUUAUUGUCAUAAGGCAUAUUCAGUUUCUCAUGUGAAUGUGCAAACCUCAGAGUAUUCUGCUUUAGAGUCUUAUUUUAUGUUGAAACAUACAAAUAAAAUGUAUUUUAACAGCU